ACAUUAAGGAAUUAGACGCUGUUUAUUACCUGCAGCAUCACUAUUCUGCUUCAACUGUUCAAUAGAGAACCUCACUGAAUUUGCUCUGCAGUAGCAUCUCAUCUCAGGUGCAGGUGCAAGCAGUUAGUCACAAUGAGGUUCUUCUUCUCAUUUUGUGUGUGUCUUCUGUUGCUGAUUAAUGAAACCACAGAAACCUCUACCACUGAGACAAUACCAGAACCCACUACCACUGAGAAAACACCAGAACCCAUUACCACUGAGACGACACCAGAAACCACAACAGCUGUGUUAGCCACAACCACAGAAACCACAACUCUAUCUACAGAUGUCAUCUCUGACCCAUGCUCUGAAUAUAACACUAUUGAUGACUACUGGAGAGACAUACGACAGAACCCAUACCAGGAUCAUGGACAUGAUGACAGUCUUGUUGAGUGGAACGGCUGGUAUCGGCUGUAUCUGAAUGGAGAAAGUGCUCAGAUGUCUGAGUGGUGUGUGAGUUAUAUGGGAUGUGGAGGUUAUACUGGACUGCUUCUCAACGGUUCUCAUCCACGACUUGAGGAUGGAGUGGUGACCCGUGACGUCAGGGGCAGGACUAUGUGGUACUCCAACCAGUGUGAGAGCUACAGUUCAAACCCCAUCCAGGUCAAAGCCUGUCCAGGAGAUUAUUACGUCUACGAACUCAUCACACCAGAUGUGUCAUUGGAAACACCUUCAUAUUGUGCAGUUUCUUUCAGCACCAUCAGUGAUGAUCCCUGUUACAACUAUGAGUCUCUGGAUCGUCCCUGGAGAGAAGCAAAUGAAACUGGAUUGUGGAUUUGUGAUGAAUACUUCUCCUGGAGUGGCUGGUACAGACUUUAUCAUUAUGGGAUGAACAUACAGAUGCCAGAGACCUGUGUUAAUGGAUACAGCUGUAACGCAUACACUGGUCUGUGGCUCAACGGUCCUCAUCCUCAGAUAGAAGAAGGGAUGGUGACCCGGGAGGUCUGUGGAGGGGAAUAUUGGUCUGGUAACUGCUGUGAUUACAAAUCAAAACCCAUCAGAGUAAAAGCCUGUCCUGGAAAUUAUUAUGUCUAUGAACUCGUGAAACCACAAGACUACUGGUGUGCAGGAUACUGCACAGAUGUCAACACUAUAUCACCGACUGAUUCCAUAACAACUACAUCUCUGGCUAUUGGAUCCAGCAUCACUUUCAGUGACCCAUGCUCAAGCUACAACACACAGGACGACUACUGGAGGAGCACACACAAUUACAUGUAUUGGUAUGGAUAUAUAACUGGACAUGAUGACACACGUGAGGAAUGGGACGGCUGGUAUCGACUCUUCAUCAAUGGAUUGAGUGCUCAGAUGCCCGAGUGGUGUGUUAGUUACAUGUCAUGUGGAGGUUUCAGUUCUUUGUAUCUUGGUGGUUCUCAUCCUCGAGUAGAAGAUGGAGUUGUUACUCGUGAAGUCUACGGCUCUUAUUAUGACCAGUGCAGUCAUUACACAUCCAACCCAAUCCAAGUCAAAGCUUGUCCUGGAGAUUAUUAUGUCUACAAACUGACCAGACCAGAUGUAGCCAUCCCAUCUCCUACAUAUUGUGCAGUUCCUUUCAACACUCCAAGUGUGGACCCCUGUGACAGCUACACCACUUUGGAUGAACCCUGGAGAUCCACUGAUAAUUCUUUCUAUAACUAUAACCACUACAGCAGCUACUACAGCAUGUGUGAUUAUAAUGUUGAGUGGAAUGGCUGGUACAGACUCUUCAUCAACGGUCAGAGCACUCAGAUGUCAGAAUCAUGUGUUAGUGUAGGAAUGUGUGGCACAUAUAACCCACUGUAUCUCAGAGACCCUCAUCCACAGCUGGAAGAUGGAGUGGUCACACGACACGUCUGCAUGUCCUCAUGGAAUGGAUGCUGUGGUUCUGAAUCUCAUCCCAUACGAGUCAAAGCCUGUCCAGGAAACUUCUAUGUUUAUGAGUUUGUCAGACCAAUGGAGUGUGCUGCUUACUGUGCAGCUGUGACUGAUCCAUGCCUUUCACUCAACUGUAAUGAAGAUGAAUGGUGUGGAGAGAAAAAUGGUGUUUACGGCUGUUUCUGCAAAGACAACCAAACCAUAUCUGAACCUCACUCCUUCGAUAUGUCUCAAACUUGUGAGAGCAGUUCAGGAUCUAUAUCUCUAUCUCGCUGUCAGCUGUUUGAAGCUGGUUUUUCAGCUCACCUUCUACAUCUCAAUGAGCCCAGUUGCAGAGGAACCAUCCAGAAUGGAAGAGUGCACUUUCACUUUGAUAACAAUUAUCAGAUCUGUGGCACCAGUCUUGUGGCCAAUGGCACUCAUAUCAUCUAUGAGAACUUUGUUCUGGGGGGUCUGGAGUCAGCCGCAGGUCUCAUCAGCAGAGAGAAAAUACUGAAGCUAUCUUUCAGCUGUAUUUACCCCCAAACACAAACACUUUCUAUGGUGGAGGAUCUGGAAUUCAACUCCUUGGGAAGCAUUAUACAAGAGAAUCUUCCCGGUGAAGGGAGGUAUCAGGUGAGAAUGGUUCCAUAUCAGGAUUCUGAGUUCUCUCAGCCCUUCACUGGUCGUGUGGAUGCAGAACUCAACCAGCAGAUGUUUGUUGAGGUUGGUGUUGACGGGGUUGACAGUCGUCAGUUUGUCACAGUGAUUGACACAUGUUGGGCUACACCUGUGAAUGAUCCAGAUUACAGUCUGCGCUGGGAUCUCAUCACUGGAGAGUGUCCAAAUCCACAAGACAACACAGUGGAGCUUCUUCAGAAUGGUGUCUCAACAUCCAGCCGUUUCUCCUUCAGGAUGUUUAUCUUCAGCUCAAACUCCACUAAAGUUUACCUGCACUGUUCUGUUCAUCUGUGUCUUCUGUCCAACAAUUACUGUUCAACUCACUGUUACUCUGGAUAUCAGCGGAGAAACCGCAGAUCUCUGGACUUCCACGACAGCUCCUCCAUCUCCAUGGGUCCUCUGGUUGUGUCUGAUAGAGACGCAGAUCUGUGGCUCUCAGAGCGAGUGAAGGCGUCUGUGGCUUCAUCUAUGUGUAGUUCUCUGAUGGUUUUGUUUGUUUCUCUGAUGGGUGUUCUGACCUUCCUUCAGUAGAUCUAAAUUAAAAAACCUCAACACUUUACAUGCAUAUCAUUUAAACUCAUUUAAUUGAAUGUAACACAGAUUAUAGCUUUCUUAUUGUUUCCUUAUUUCACAACUUGUGUGUUUUCCAAUAGGAAUCAUUAAUAAUUACACUGUAGUAAUGAUUAAAUUUUUAUAUAAUAAAUAAACAUGUAGUGGGUUUAAGUGCUUCAGUUUCUGUAUUAAUCUAUGAGUCUUUAUAUCUGUACCCCCCUUCAGAGAUGAAGAUCUGAGCUUUAGUUCUGUAAAGUGUUUAAUAUAAUAUCAUAUUCAGUAAUUUUGUCAAACAGUGAAAUGUAUGUGAAAUGAUAUAUCAAGGAAUAAAAAAUAAAUGGUG